AUUUUGUCAACACAAUAUAAAGAAUGUUCACCUUGCACGUGUCAUUUCAGGCACGUGGAUUCAGGAGACGCACAGUUGAGUGGAAGAAAUGGUAGAUGUAUGGGGCUUGACCCAGGCCCUGUGUACACGAAGUAAAUGCAUAAACACUGGAGAGGAGUGUGCAUACCUACCAGUGUUAUCACAGCAUAAGGAAGGAUUUGGCAACGGGAGCGAAGAUGCAGGUGUUUAUCUUACCCUCCCUGCAGUGCUGGAGUGGCUGUGGGGGAAAUCUCUCCUUCUCCUGAAGUUCCGACUGGCCAUCUGCCUGCAGCUGACCUCACAGGAGGAACCUGCGGCCUGGCAUUCCACGUGGGCAUCUGUGCACUCAGUUCAGGAAUGGUUAGCCACACCAGAAAUCUGGGAGUCACCUGAUGUUCCUACUCGCCUCUCCCUCCACCUCCAGCUCGUCACCCAGCCUCACAGGCCCAGCUGGUCCCACUCUGCUGCUGUGCUCUACGCAUUUCAUCUCAAUUGGGUGACAUACUUGAAUAUAGCAAUUAUGAGAACAGCAACCUCAGAAGAAUACCUGGCAUCCAGACCAUCCCAGCCCAUUUCCACAAGAAUCUUGCUCUGUCACCCAGGCUGGAAUGUAGUGGCACGAUCACAGCUCACUGCAGCCUCGACCUCCCAGACUCAGGCUGUCCUCCCACCUCAGCCUCCCAGAGGCAGACUGGAUCCCAGCAGGACCAGAGUUAGCCAAGGGCACCACGUGCUCUCGUCCCCGCCUGCCCUGCCUCCUCCUGCCUCACUCCCUCCUGGCCCUUCACCCCAGCCUGACUCCUGGAGAUUGUGAAUAGCUUCAUCCAGCCUGAGAAAGAAGCCAGGAGGCUAAGCCAGGCUGUGCUCAAAGCGCCUGACAGGCCCAAAAGACCCAUGCUGCAUCCGGAGCCCUCCCCUGGCCACAGCCUCCUGCCUGUGCUCCUGGCCCUCCUGGUCACCACCUGGGCUGAGGUGUGGCCACCCCAGCUGCAGGAGCAGGCUCUGCUGCCCGGAGCCCUGAAUAGGAAGGAGAGUUUCUUGCUCCUCUCCCUGCACAACCGUCUACGCAGCCGGGUCCAGCCCCCUGCAGCUGACAUGCGGAGGCUGGACUGGAGUGACAGCCUGGCCCGACUGGCUCAAGCCAGGGCAUCCCUCUGUGGCACCUCAGCCCCGAGCCUGGCAUCUGCCCCAUGGCACACCCCACAAGUGGGCUGGAAUGUGCAGCUGCUGCCCGAGGGCUCGGUGUCCUUUGUUGAAGUGGUCAGCCUGUGGUUCGCAGAGGGGCAGCAGUACAGCCACGCAGCAGGGGAGUGUGCCCACAAUGCCACCUGCACCCACUACACACAGCUCGUGUGGGCCACCUCGAGCCAGCUGGGCUGUGGGCAGCACCUGUGCUCUGCAGGCCAAGCAGUGAUGGAAGCCUUUGUUUGUGCCUACUCUCCUGGAGGGAACUGGGAGGUCAACGGCAAGACAAUAGUCCCAUAUAAGAAGGGCGCCUGGUGUUCGCUCUGCACGGCCAGCGUCUCGGGCUGCUUCAAAGCCUGGGACCACGCAGGGGGCCUCUGUGAGGUCCCCAGGAACCCAUGUCGUAUGAGCUGCUGGAACCACGGACGUCUUAACAUCAGCACCUGCCACUGCCACUGUCCCCCUGGCUACACGGGCAGAUACUGCCAAGUGCGGUGCAGCCUGCAGUGUGUGCACGGCCGGUUCCGGGAGGAGAAGUGCUUGUGCGUCUGUGACAUCGGCUACACGGGAGCCCAGUGUGCCACCAAGGUGCAUUUCCCCUUCCACACCUGUGACCUGAGGAUCGACGGAGACUGCUUCAUGGUGUCUUCAGAGGCAGACACCUAUUACAGAGCCAGGAUGAAAUGCCAGAGAAAAGGUGGGGUGCUGGCCCAGAUCAAGAGCCAGAAAGUGCAGGACAUCCUCGCCUUCUACCUGGGCCGCCUGGAGACCAUCAUCAACGUGACCAAUAGCGACUUCGAGACCAGGAACUUCUGGAUCGGGCUCACCUACAAGACUGCCAAGGACUCCUUCCACUGGGCCACAGGGGAGCACCAGGCCUUCACCAGUUUUGCCUUUGGGCAGCCUGACAACCAGGGGUUUGGCAACUGCGUGGAGCUGCAGGCGUCAGCUGCCUUCAACUGGAACGACCAGCGCUGCAAAACCCGAAACCGUUACAUCUGCCAGUUCGCUCAGGAGCACAUCUCCCGGUGGGGCUUAGAACCCUGAGGCCUGGCUGCAUGGCUCCCUCGCCUACCCUGGGUGCACUGGCUCUGCUUAUUUGUCUGCCCACCUGUCUGGAACAAGGGCCAGGCUAAGGCCACAUGCCUCAGGUCCAAAGAGGUCUCAGACCUUGCACAGUGCCGGAAGUUGGGCAGAGAGAGGCAGGGAGGCCAGUGAGGGACAGGGAGUGAAGGUUAGAAGCUGGUGCCCUUCGCUGCUUUUGAUCGGGAAGAUGGGCUUCAAUGAGGCACCGAAGCAGAAGUCCUGGCCAGUGGUCCAAAGAGACUGCUUUCUUCCACCUGGCACAGACCCUCUGGGGCAGUGGAGCUUCCCUGUGGCAUGAACCCCACAGGGCAUUAAACUAAGUUAUGAAUCA